UAUCAACGUCAUGCUCUAAGGGAAGAGGGAGAAAAAAUGGCGCCUGUGUGUCUGAGCCGAUCUCUGGGCUGGUUGUCUAGGGCCAUACCCCUUCUCCUCGCUCUGAGCGCGGGAAGGGCCCCGGCGCUGCCCGAGAUAUGCAAAUACUGUCCAGGGCCUGUAUAUGACAAGUCAGAGGUUGACCUUUAUUGUAAACAGAGACAAGAGUUAAAGCUGAACGCACGUUGCUGUCUGACCAAACAGGGCACCAUUGUGGGACUCGAUCUUCAGAACUGUUCCCUGAAAGAACUGGACCCACUCUUUACUGAGGCCCAUUCUGCCAUUGUUCUGGACUUACAAGCCAACCCCUUCCUGAAUAUAUCUCCCUCAGUCUUUCGUAACUUCACUGAGCUCCAGAUACUGGUGCUGCCGCGAAAAGUAGACUGUCCUGGAGGAAGUAAUGCGUGGGAUAAUAUCACCUGUGGCCCUGACAGCUGUACCUGCCAUGGGCAAAUUCAGUGCAAUAGUACUGUAGAGCCAGCUUUGUGUCCUGAGAAUGCAUAUUGUGUCUCUGAUGGCCCAGGCCUCUUCCAGUGUCUUUGUACUACUGGCUUCCAUGGCUACAAGUGUUUACGUGAGGGCUCCUUCCCACUCCUCAUGUUCUCUGGAAUUCUGGGCACUACCACGUUUUGCAUCUCCAUCUUGCUCUGGGGGACCCAGCUUCGCAAAAUCAAAGCUUCCUGAACCCGGUCUUCCUAUGGAACUAAAAAAAGUAUAAGCUCUUACGUGGUUGUUACAGCCAGUUUCCUUGCACAGACAGCUCGGAUCUUGACCCGCGGUGCAGGAAAGUAGAGGGUGGAGAGGAGAGCUUUCCUACAGAUGGUCUGGCUGGUUCUAGAUCAGGCUUGAAGUUAGAAGUGUUUGUAAAGGAAGUUGGGUCCUAAUAAAACCCCUCUUUUUAAGGAAA